GAAGGGAGUUCUAUCUCCUUUUCCGGAGUCGUUCAGCCACAGCUAACCCAAGCUGCCUCUGAUGAUGACUUCUCCUUGACGGCCCAAGAAAUUGGCAUCUUCAACAGCCUUGUCUUCGCUGGUACCAUGGCAGGGGCCUGUUUCUCCUGGCCGCUGUCGUCCUUGAUGGGACAGAGAAUCAUCAUCGUGUUGGGACUCUUCUUAAGUGCGUUUGUCUGGCUAACCCUGAUCCUCACCACAAGUCUCUGGGUCCUUUAUCUGGCCCGCUUCACUCAUGGCAUGUGUCUAAACUUAUUAUCUGCUUUAUCCACUUCGUAUAUGGUUGAAACAGCUGACAAGAACUCUCGAGGAUGGCAGAACGGGAUCUUGUAUGUCUGUAAGAGUGUUGGGCUCUUGGUGCCAGCCAUUGCCACCAUGGCAGGCUUAAACUGGCGCCAAACAGGAACACUUUACUGCGUCUUGAGUCUCGUCCCCAUCCCCAGCUUGCUGUUAUUACCGGACUCACCCAGAUGGCUCAUGACUCGCGGCCGUAACACUGACGUCCAAAAGUCUCUAAAAUACUUCCGAGGAGAUAAUUGCGAGAUUGAGUCCGAAUACUCAAGUAUUGCUGCACAGGCGGUGAUGGAAGGGCCGGGGAACAUCUGCCACCAAACGAGUAUGUUGUUUCGAGCACCUACAAGGCACACGAUGGGUCUGUUGCUUAUGAUGAUGCUUAUUAUCUAUUUUGGUGGAAGUCAAUUGGUAAUUACCUACUUGGUGCCUAUAUUACAGUUAACAAAGACGAGUAUUGAUCCUUACCAAAUUAGUAUCCUUUGCUUCAUGUCAAGAAUACUGAGUGCCAUUUUGUUUGUAUGUCUCACACACCGUCUGAAACGAAAACCUCUUAUAAUUGCCGGCUUCAUAAGCACGUCUCUCUCUUAUGGAAUGAUAGGCUUGUACUUUAUCCUCGAGAGGUUUGAAGUAUCGGGUAUCAGUUGGAUGCCCAUUGCUGCAAUACUGAUCAUUUUGUUCUCUGAUGGCUGUGCUUUCCCGGGAUAUCACACCAUGGAAGGGGAGCUGCUGCCGCUGUCCUGUCGCACCACUGGAAUCUUAGCAUUGAAAUGCGCUGGUGGAAUCUCAGGUGUCGUGAAUAACAUGACCUACGAGGAGAUGAUUGUGGCAUUAGGAAAGGAUGCCACUUUUCUUUUUUACGGUGCCUUGGGUGCUAUUUGCCCCUUUGUUGUCAUGUUCCGCUUCCAGGAGACUCAUGGUGUUGCACUCGAGAAACUCACCAACAACAUUGGCCAGGAAAGGCGAACAGAUCCUUAAGGUUUGAGGUGUGUGUGUGUGUGUAUUAUCAUUGUUAUUGUUAUACAUCUCUCUCUCUCUCUCUCUCUCUCUCUCUCU